CUGAAAUGCUACCACACCCACGUUGCAAUUCCACGCCAAUGCAUCCACGCCCCCUCUUCUGAUGCUAUCGCCCCUUUUCUCGUGGUCGUACUAGGGUUAUGGGACGGCCUGCAUCCAUCUCGUCGGCCUCAGUUCCAGAAACGUGUGGGAUCCGUCCGAGAUUCAUGAUCCUGGCCGGCCCGCCUCUUUCUCGCAUGGCAAUUCCCAUCCACUAAUCACGGCGAUAUUGAUUCAUGUACUCGCUUGCUUGGCCCUAAUCCUUUCCUCUGCACUGCUUCAUCUACCCAUCCAUUGACCCUGCAGAACCAUUGGUGGCAACUGGAGUGACCCAGUCUUUGCAUCGUAGCCUGGUCCCCCGUUUCGGCCUAUACUCUGACCUGCACCCUCUUUUUUUCUGCUUUGCUCUCGUUUCUGAUUAGCCCAGACGCCUCUCUACUUUCCUUCCUUUUAUUUCCGCGUGCCCCCCUCUAGUUACCUUUACUUCUAACGUCUUUCUUCCCCUCAUUCCUUACAUUGCCCUCUUCCACCACCCUAGGACAAGGCGCUUCACUCUUUUGUUGAAUCGCCUUCUCGCCUCUCUUGCCUUCCAUUGGCGCUUUAUAAUCGAGGCCCAGCAAUCCGGAAACAACAUCCAAGAUGAGCACGAAGAGCCAGGACAGUGGCAUGGGCAACAUGGCCACGGCCAAGGCCCAGCAAGUCUUUGACAAUGACAAGCCUGGCAGCCCUCAGGUUGAGGAAUCCAAGGCAAACCUCCAGUCCAUGAACGACGACCGCGACCUCAACCGUCUUGGCAAGAAGAGCGUCCUCAAGCGCAACUUCGGUUUCCUCUCCAUUCUUGGUUUCGCCUGUACCGUUCUCAUCACCUGGGAAGCUGUCCUUCUCCUGUCUGCUCAGGGUCUUUCCAACGGUGGCCGUGCUGGCCUGAUUUACGGUUAUAUCUUGGUCUGGGUUGGCAACAUCUCCGUUUUCACCUCCCUCUCAGAACUCGUUUCCAUGGCUCCUACUGCCGGUGGACAGUACCACUGGGUGGCUAUGCUUGCUCCCCGUCGCUACGCUCGAUUCCUUAGUUACAUUGCUGGUUGGCUCACCGUCACUGGUUGGCAGGGAAGUAUUACCUCUGCUGCCUACUUGACAGCCAACAUGUGCCAAGGCAUGUACACCAUGACGCACCCGGGCUUCGCGCCCAUCCCUUGGGUUUCUACAUUGCUCAUCAUUGCCGUUAUCGCGUGGGCAACCUUCAUCAACACCAUCGUCAGCUCUACUCUGCCCAAGUUUGAGGGUGCCAUUCUCAUCCUCCACAUCGUUGGCUUCUUUGCUCUCCUGAUCCCCAUGGCUGUCCUCGGUUACCACACCACCGCCGAAGCCGUUUUCACCGAUUUCACAGAUGCUGGUUUCUGGCCUGAUCGCGGCAUGGCUUUCUUCAUUGGUCUGGUCGGUAAUGCCUUCGCUUUUAUUGGCGUCGACGCCGCUUUCCACAUGUCUGAGGAGACUACCAACGCCGCCGUGACUGUUCCUCGCUCCAUCUUCUUCAGUGUCAUGAUCAACGGCAUCACUGGCCUUGCCAUGGCCAUUGUGUUCCUUUUCUGCAUUGGCGACCUCGGGGCCCUUAUGGAAGCCAACCCUGCCUUCCCCCACAUGGAAGUGUUCAAAAACCUCGCUGGCGCUGAUCAUCUUGCUGGAGCCUGCGUCAUGGCCUCCGUCAUUGUCGUCAUGGCCUUCUGUGCUGAUGUUGGUCUCAUGGCGUCUAGCUCGCGCGUUUUCUGGUCUUUUGCCCGUGACCGCGGCGUUCCCUUCUGGCGCGUUCUAUCUCGCGUUGACAACAAGACCAGCGUUCCUUUGAACUCUGUUUACACCACCUCUAUCAUUGCUAUUCUGCUCGGUCUUAUCAACAUUGGUUCUCCCACCGCAUUGAGUGCCGUGCUCACGAUGUCCAUCUCCGGUCUUUACUUUUCGUACCUUAUCUGCGCUGUUCUUCUUCUGUACCGCCGCUGCACCACCGGCUUCAGCAUGCCCAGUGCCUCCGAAAUGCCUGCUCUGGCUAACACGACCGGCGCUGAGCUCGUAUGGGGUCCCUGGCGCAUUCCUGGCAUCUGGGGUAUCCUCAACAAUAUCUUCGCCUGCAUCUACCUCAUCAUUGUUGCUGUUUUCUGCUUUUUCCCCUCCUCGUCCGUUGUCGAUUAUACGACCAUGAAUUAUGCCUGUGUUGUUUUUGGUGGCAUUAUCAUCAUCUCUCUGGGCUACUACUUCGCCUGGGCCAGAAGGGAGUACAACGGUCCCAUCAUUGAGAUCUAAGCGUUCAAGUUGGAUGGUGGCGCGGUUGUGUAUUAAAAGGGGGCAAUGGAAUAAAUGUCUCUAGUGUUGAUUAUAUAUUGAAUAAUUUUCUUGCAUUACCUGUUUAUUUCUGGUCUCCUUUUUCUACGGCCUGAAUUUUUUAUACAUUUUCGUCCAUAACAGUAUGGAAUUGAUUCUGGGUUUGGGGGAGGAUAUAUACAACAUAGCAGUGUGAACCUAGUUCUUAUUUUAUUUUUUUUUCAAUAGAUCAAAUCCAUCUUUAAAUCAACGACUUUGACCGAAUCAUUUUAACUGGCACCC